GGCCGAGCCGCCUCCGCCGCCGGGCGGGUGCCGGGCGGACCGCGGCGGCGACGGCGGCGGCGGCUGCGAUUGGCUCAGGCGCCCCAUCCGGGGACUGGGCUCGGCGCUGCUCGUUCGCCCUAAAGGUACCAAUAUGGCGGAGGCUUCCUUUGGAAGUUCGAGCCCAGUUGGGUCUUUGUCUUCUGAGGACCAUGAUUUUGACCCCUCUGCUGAAAUGUUGGUCCAUGACUAUGAUGAUGAAAGAACUCUGGAUGAAGAGGAGAUGAUGGAUGAGGGUAAAAACUUCAGUUCUGAAAUCGAAGACUUGGAAAAGGAAGGAAAUAUGCCCCUAGAAGAUUUGUUGGCAUUCUAUGGCUACGAACCUGCAAUUCCAGCAGUCGCAAACUCUAGUGCAAACAGCUCCCCAAGUGAACUUGCAGAUGAAUUACCAGAUAUGACAUUAGACAAAGAAGAAAUAGCGAAAGACCUGCUGUCGGGUGAUGAUGAAGAAACCCAGUCUUCGGCAGACGAUCUGAUGCCCUCGGUGACCCCUCAUGAAACUUCGGAUUUCUUCCCUCGGCCAUUACGAUCUAAUACUACGUGUGAUGGCGACAAGGAAUCAGAGGUUGAAGAUGUUGAAACGGACAGUGGAAACUCGCCUGAAGAUUUGAGGAAAGAAAUAAUGAUUGGUUUACAAUAUCAGGCAGAGAUCCCUCCUUAUCUUGGAGAAUAUGAUGGUAACGAGAAAGUGUAUGAAAAUGAAGACCAGUUACUUUGGCGUCCAGAUGUGGUAUUGGAAAGCAAAGUUAAGGAGUACCUUGUUGAGACCUCAUUAAGAACUGGAAAUGAAAAAGCAAUGGAUAGAAUUUCUGCAGGAACACACACAAGGGACAAUGAACAGGCAUUGUAUGAACUUCUCAAAUGUAACCAUAACAUAAAAGAAGCAAUUGAAAGGUACUGCUGCAACGGAAAGUCAUCUCAAGGAAUGACUGCGUGGACAGAAGAAGAAUGCCGGAGCUUUGAACAUGCACUAAUGCUGUUUGGAAAGGAUUUCCAUCUUAUACAGAAAAAUAAGGUGAGAACUAGAACAGUUGCUGAAUGUGUCGCAUUUUACUACAUGUGGAAGAAGUCUGAACGCUAUGAUUACUUUGCUCAGCAGACAAGGUUUGGAAAGAAACGGUAUAACCAUCACCCUGGAGUCACGGACUACAUGGAUCGUCUGGUAGAUGAGACAGAAGCUCUGGGCGGGACGGUUAAUUCUCCAGCCCUACCUCCCAGCCGGCCGGAGCCUGGUCCUGAUCAGCAUAUGAGCAUUCUCAACUCCUUCACUGCCAGUGACUUGACAGCUCUGACCAACAGUGUAGCAACUGUCUGCAACCCCGCGGAAGUGAAUUGCUUGGAUGAUAGCUUUCCUCCACUGGGCAACACACCCCGUGGACAAGUAAAUCAUGUGCCUGUUGUAACAGAAGAGUUACUCACCCUGCCCAGCAAUGGGGAAAGUGAUUGUUUUAAUUUAUUUGAGACUGGAUUCUAUCACUCGGAGCUCAACCCAAUGAACAUGUGCAGUGAAGAGUCAGAAAGACCAGCAAAGAGAUUGAAAAUGGGACUUGCCGUCCCCGAAUCCUUUAUGAAUGAGGUGUCUGUAAAUAAUUUGGGUGUGGACUUUGAAAAUCACACACAUCACAUCACCAGUGCCAAAAUGGCCGUGUCUGUGGCUGACUUCAGCAGUCUGGCUGUCAGUGAGACCAAUGGUUUCAUCAGUGCCCAUGCUCUGCAUCAGCACACUGCCCUCCACUCCGAGUGACGCAGCAAGGAGCUCCCAGCGGCGGGCGUGCAGUGCCGGUAAACUUGAGGGGAGCGAUCAGGUUUGCGUAGUCUUUCACUGGAAGUUUGAACCUUUUUCACUAUGACAUCAGUGAUGUCAGUAUGUAUAGAACUAUAUCUUGAUUUAUCAAGAGUAUUUUCAUUUUUCGAUCCAUAAAUGUGGAAAUGAACUAUGAUCAACAGAGUUGGGAACUAAGAUUGAACUCUGUGGUGCAGCUUUAAGCUCUGCUUCUCUUCCUCAUCCCCCAGUACCUCUUCCCUGUGCCCUGUUUUUUUUCUGUUCCCCACUGCCCUCACUCAACGAUUUUAAAACCUGUAGACAGAGGCCACCAGCUCAAAACCAGCACAGAUGUUCUGAACUGAAUGGGGUGGCUUCUUUUUGUGUAAAUUCCUUUUGCCGUAAUGGAUGCAGUGGAAUAACAAUGUUUACAGGUACCAAUCCCAAUCCCUGCUCAAUGUAGCAUUUUUUGUUUUUUGUUUUUAUUUUUCUGGUUUAUUAAUAAAAGCAGGGGUAGGUUUCUUUAAACUGCACAAACAUGCAAGGAUUUUUUUAAAAUGGAAACUUCUCUCAUGUUAUUCAACCAGAGCACUUCAGUUUACAAAACAGCAAGUCCAUCUUUAUGGAAGCCAGCAUGAAGAACUGUGUGCAAAUUAUGAAGACGUUUGCUUGGAUCCUGUUUCAAAAUUCUAGACCAGAGCUACCGUAUGCAGAAUGGGUCAUUUUACUGCCGGGAUGUUUCUGUGUAACGUCACUUACUGGCUAAAAAUUCAGCAUUUGAAAAUGUGGUAUCGUGUGGGGUUUUGUCCACCAUUGUCAAGAUUGUAAGCUUCGCUGUCACACUGGUCAUUGAUACUUUAGUUUCUCCUGAAGCGGUUGGCUUGCAGAGGCCCUGUCUACCAAACCCAGGAUGUUGCCACUCAGUGGUUGGCAUUUUGGGACACCUCUGAAGUUGUUUGUAGGACUGCAGUUCAAAGUGUUUAUGUUUAGAGGGACUUCUAGAUUUUACAUACCAUGCAGUAGAACCUUGAAGUAUAUUUAAGCUAUUUUGUUUAGCUUAAGCAGUUGGAAAAAAAUGUGAGUUCCUAUCUGAAAGAGAAUGGUACGUUACCACUUUAAGUUUUAAAAAGUGAAAGAUAUUCAGAUGCAUCUCACACCCAGAUUUAUUUUUAUUCCAAACAUUGUGAGUGAGAAGCCAUCGUCGUAAACUUUGGCCAUUUUUACUCUGUGGACAUGCAUCUUUAAGUUAUAAUAAGGUGAAUCAAACGAUGUGUAAUACAGUAUUAGGAUGUAAUAAGCUUUGCUUUUAUAGUACAGUUAAGACAUUUUUUGCACCGUCUUAAUUAAAAGUUUUGAUUCUUAAUAGUUGUGUUGCUUUGCAAAAACUGAAGUGUUUGUCUGCAUUGCUAGUGUUUGUAACUGAGUUGCUUCAAGGUUGUGCUGCCGCGUAGCUGGGAUGUAGUGACCUUAGUGAUCGAAAGGGAGGGUAUUUAUUAUACAACUGUGAACUGCAAUGACAUCCUGUUUAGGAUGAUAUGUAUUCUUAAUUUUCUUUGCAGCAGUUUAAUGAAGAUUGCUUUGAAGUGUUUACGCAGUAGCACAUUUCCUAUAAAUUUAGUUUAGCACAGUGGACAAAAGUAGUUAAAUUAAUGAUAACUUGAAAUCAGUCUCUAAUUUAUACAUCUAAAAAACAGCAUUCCUGUAUGCACACAGUAAGUAAUGGGUGGCCUGGGCUCUGUGUUGCUUUUCUGGUAUUUUUAUCCAAGUUGUCAGCUUCUCAUUGCUGUGUUGUGCUAAACUUUGAACCUUAUUUCUUUCAUUUUAAAAAUCAGUACAGUUUUCAAUAAUUUAGUAAGAUACUGACCAUAAUUUUCCAUUGUUAGAAUGCUAGAUUUCACUCUGGGUUUACAGUGGCUGGUCUGUAUAAAUAAUUUACACAAAGAUGACUGAAUGCUAAUACCAGUUGCACUUAAAUGAACACCCAUUCUCAUUAGCUGAUGCAGUAAUAUAUUCAGUUUAUCUAUGCAUUGCUGGGAUCUUGAUAUAAGAUGGAAACUUGUGUUUCUUAUCUAAAGUUUUGAUUGUCAGCAAGUUGAAUGGACACUUUAGUUAUUUAAAUAAAGAUUUUUGACCAAAAUCCAGAAAAUGGUAUGAGAGAAAAAUAAAUUCCAGCUAGUUUAAUAGAUUUUUAAAUGCCAACCUGAUUUUAGCCUCUUAGAGAGUGCUGACUAGCUGGUAAUGUUUACUUUUAAUUCCUUGUUAAAAUGAGGCAAUAAUUUGCAAGAUUUUUGUAUAUAUCUGUAAAUUCUUCAUAUCUUUUUAGAUCUAAUUCAAUAUUUUCUGACUACUUCUACCAUGUAUAAUACCAUUUUGUGCAUGCUUGAUGUGACAUUCAUAAAUUGUACCACUAUGACUUUAUCCAUGUAAAAUAGCUAUUUAUUGAAUUUUCUUUUAAAAGCUGGAUUUACUGGUUUUUUUUCUCUGUUGAAACUUCUUAACAGAAUUUGUUACUGUUUAUUAAAAGAAUUGCGUUUGAAAGCAUGGAAUAUCUGAUUUGCGAUCAUAUGAAACAAUAAUGCCUUUAUUACUAAGUGUUAAGCACAAUUCUUAUAACAAACUGUGAUAAAUUCUUCUUUUCCUUUUGCCACAUUACUUUUGUAUGAACAAACCAAAAAUUGAUGGUGAGCAUUUGCAGUGUUGCCUGAUACAUCUCUUCUGUACAGGGAAUUGGAAGAGGACAGCGGAUUCAUUUAGAAGUGUAACUGGUGCUGUGAUUAUAGCAAUACUUUACUUUUGCUAGUCAUACUUCAUCUUUUUCAUGCUAGCUUUUUUUAAAUUUUGGUUUUCCUCUUGUCAUCAUCAACUGCUAAAUUUACUUGAAGGAUGUAGAAUACUGCAUAAAAAAUACUGAAGUCUAUAUAAUUAGGUCAAAGAAUUGUGCAGUUGUUCCUUUUUAAUUUUUAAAAUUGAGGGUCACAAAUAUUUGAAGACGUUAGCUCUGAUAGAGCAUAGUGAUACUAUUUAACCAAAGUCUGUAGUAAAUAUUUCAACUUUGAAUGUAAACUAACAAGUAAACCUGACCACCAAGGAGAUGGCUUGCCCGGAGUUUUAAAGCACAUUGCCUGCAAGUGGAAACUGAAAUAAUUUAUAAUAUAAAGUAUUGACAUUGCUAUGUUUUUUUUUAAAUUUCCUAAUUUUUUCACUAAAAGGAGGAAGCUAUUGGUUUUAUUGUUACAUAUGGUAGACAUCAAUAUUCUUCUUAGAUGAACAGUGAUUCCAGUUGUCCCAGUUUGAGCUAAGUACCCUGUGAGUAUAAGAUAAAUUAGUGACAAUCAGAACAAGUUUUAGUAUCAGAAGUACGAGAGGAAGUUGCUGUUGUUGCAUUGAUUUUAAUAUUUGUAUAUAAACACUGAUUUUUUUGAGCAUUAUUUUGUAUUUGUUGUACUUUAAUACCCUGUACAGUUCCAGAAAUAAAAAUCUGGAAAUCUUUUUUUUUCCC